AUGCCCAUCUUCAAGUCUCAACAACCGCCCAUCAACGUGCCAUGGCAUUUGCCCGUAUGGACGUGGCUGUUCGACUCCGAAUAUAGUCCGCUGAGGAACUACAAGCCGGAAGAGAUGCAGGGAUACACCAAUGCGGUGACGAAGGAGCAUCUCAGCUACGCCGACCUCAAAACCCACACGACACACCUCUCAACAGCCCUCGUGAAGAAAUACGGGCUCCAACAGGGGCAAACAGUAGCCCUAUUCUCCCCCAACACAGUAUGGUACCCAUGCGCAAUGUUCGGCACACUCCGGGCCGGCGGUGUCGUAUCCGGCGCAUCACCAGCCUACAACGUUGAAGAAAUGAGCUACGCACUGAAAACCGCCGAAGCCAAAUUUCUAUUCACCGUUCCAGGAAGCAUGGCAGUAGCAGCAGCAGCAGCCGAGAACGCAGGCAUCCCACGCGACCAUGUAUUUCUUCUCGAGGGCGAGCUGGAAGGAUUCACGACCAUGGCUGAACUAUUAGCCAUCGGUCGCUCCUAUUCCGACCAAGGUCAAAUCGAACCAUUCAAGAUCCCUGCGGGCAAGAAGAACAAAGACAUAUGCGGGUUCCUGUCAUUCAGUUCCGGCACAACGGGUCUCCCCAAGGCCGUCAUGAUCGCCCACUCGAACGUGAUCGCGCAAUGUCUGCAAAUCAAGCAGAUCACACCAGCGACGCUGAAACGCAUUCUGGCCGUUUUGCCUCUAUUCCACAUCACUGGCCUGGUGCACCAGCUUCAUUUACCCGUCAUUCUCAAUGCAAAUGUCUACAUGUUGCCCAGCUUCAGCAUGGACUCGAUGCUGGCCACGGUGCAAGAAUACAAAUUGGAAGAAAUGCUGCUGGUCCCUCCGAUCUUGAUCCGCAUGGUUCGCGAUGAAAAGACUUUGGCUAAAUACGACUUAUCCUCUCUGAAACGCUUCUCCUCGGGCGCCGCGCCUCUCAGUGCCGAGAUUUUGAACCUGCUGCAAAAGAAAUUCCCAGGAACGGGAUUCAAGCAAGGCUAUGGGAUGACCGAGUCCUGUUCGUGUAUUACUGCCCACCCGCCCGAGAAGUACGACUACAAAUAUGCCUUCCGCGUGGGCACUAUUGUGGCAUCUACAGAAGUCAAGAUCGUCGAUCCUGCCACAGGCAAGGAAUGUGGCCUUAAUGAACCAGGGGAGAUCUGGGCCCGUGGACCCCAGAUCGUCAUGGGAUACUUGAACAACCCGCGCGCCACGGCCGAGACCUUUGAUCAGGACGGUUUCCUGCAUACGGGCGAUAUCGGCUCCAUCGACGAAGAAGGGCUGAUCACAAUCACCGACCGGCUCAAGGAGAUGAUCAAGGUCAAAGGUAUUGGCGUCGCACCCGCCGAACUCGAGGAUUUGCUGUUGGGACACCCGGACGUCGAGGAUGUUGCUGUCCUCGGCAUCUCCGACGAGUAUGCGGGCGAAAGACCAAAGGCCUAUGUUGUUCUCAUCCCCUCCAAGCGUUCUAACCCGGAACAAGUCGCCAAGAAGCUCAUCCAAUACGUCCAGGAGAAAAAGGUCCGCCACAAGUGGAUCACCGAGAUCGAGGUCGUCGACGAGAUUCCAAAGUCCCCCAGUGGCAAGAUCCUCCGCCGUGUCCUCAGAGACAUGUCCAAGCAGGGCAGGAAGGGCGUCGUGGUCAGAGACGAGAGGGAGCGCGCUCGCUUGUAG